UCGGGGACGAUUUUGACAAACGGACAAAUCAGGAAAUGGAAUCGUUCAGCUAGCUUAAAGUUGUUUCAUUACAUUUAUCGCUUAAAAUGCAAACUGCUAUUGAUGACUACUGCAUUGGAGUUUUAUCAAGAGCUUCUGCAACGUUUUCUUUUACGUAAAAGUGGAAAUUUAAACUGGUGCAGCGGCGUUUUAGCUUUUGCUACACCCUGAAAAACUAAAAAAAGAUCAUGUUACUGACGACCACUCGCCUGUCUAAAGUGCUGCAGCUCACCCUAGCGGUCAUCAAACCAGAUGCUGUGGCUCAUCCCUUAAUGUCAGAGGCUCUUCAUCAGAUAAUUCUGGAAAACAAAUUUGUGAUUGUGAGAAACAAAGAGCUGGCGUGGAGACCACAGGACUCCGAGAAGUUUUACGCUGAACACUCAGAGCGAUUCUUCUAUCAACGACUAGUUGAGUUCAUGUCCAGUGGUCCCAUGCGAGCGUAUAUCUUAGCCAAGGAGGACGGGAUACGUCACUGGAGGGACCUGAUGGGACCCACUAAAGUGUUUCGAGCCAGAUACACGUCCCCCACCUCCCUCAGGGCCCAGUUUGGGCUCACAGACACUAGAAACACAACUCAUGGCUCAGAUUCUCCAGAGUCAGCUCGAAGAGAAAUCUGUUUCUUCUUCCCAGAUUUCCACGUAGAAGAGUGGAUGGAUAAAGACGAGCCAUUAUUCCGAUCGGGACGGAUACUCUACGACCUCCAAAAACAGAUCCACACAGUGUCGGCACCCAGCUGACCCCAGACCAGCUUAGAGCGGGUUUAAAGUCUGUCAUGAAUACACUCUGUCUUGUUUCAGUUGCUUUUGUAUUAAAAGUAUGGAAUUUA